CAGAGUCCCUUUAACUCACAGGAGCUGUAAGUGUUGAGAGGGAAGGAGGAGUUGGUGAGAAGAAGGAAAAAAGGAAACCAGCAGAGCAGUCAUGACGUGGAGGAGCCCUCUGGCCCUGCUGAGGGAUGCUCUGAGAGGUCAGAGGGCACGGGAGAGGGAACUCCGCAACUUGGUGUCCAACCUUCCUUACGAGGGCCUGGAGAAGGGGAAGCAGCCCAACCGCCACUUCCCCGGCAACGCCAUCAAGACCACCAAAUACACCCUCCUCCUGUUCAUCCCCAUGAACCUCUUUGAGCAGUUUCACCGUCUGGCCAACAUCUACUUUGUGGGCCUGGCUAUUCUGAACUUUGUCCCCGUGGUGAACGCCUUCCAGCCCGAGGUAGCUCUGAUCCCCAUCUGUAUCAUCAUGGCACUGACCGCCCUGAAGGACGCCUGGGAGGACUUCAGGAGGUACCAGUCGGACAGGAAGCUCAACAACACGCCGUGCCUCAUCUACAGCAGGAAAGAGAAGCAGUUUAUGGAGAGGCGUUGGAAGGAUGUGCGAGUGGGAGAUUUUGUCAAGGUGUUUUGCAAUGAGGUUGUCCCCGCAGACCUCCUGCUCCUGCACACGUCGGACUCCCACGGUGUGUGUCACAUAGAGACGGCCAACCUGGACGGAGAGACAAACCUGAAGCAGAGGAGGGCGAUGUCCGGCCUCUGCAUCUCGGAUCCCGAAUUUAGACCUGAAAGCUUUGACAGCCUCGUGGUGUGCGAAAGACCCAACAACAAUUUGAAUCAUUUCAAGUGUUAUGCAGAGAAACCUGAUAAGGAGAAGGUGGGCGCCGGGAUUGAGAGUCUGCUGCUGCGAGGCUGCACAGUGAGAAACACGGACCACGCUGUUGGCUUCGUGGUGUACGCAGGUCAUGAAACCAAGUCCAUGCUCAACAACAACGGGCCAAGAUACAAGCGCAGCAAACUAGAGCGGAAGCUGAACAUAGACGUCAUCUUCUGCGUCAUUCUCCUCUUCGCCAUGUGUCUUGUCGGAUCACUAGGUCACUUCGUAUGGCUGCAGAAGCAACCCGGUGUGGCCCCUUACCUGGUCGCCGACAGCAACGGUCACCUGGACAGUCCCGGUCUGUCCGCUUUCUACAUGUUCUUCACCAUGAUCAUCCUGCUACAGGUCCUGAUUCCCAUCUCCCUCUACGUGUCCAUAGAGUUAGUGAAGAUUGGUCAGAUCUUCUUCAUCGCUAAUGACAUCGACCUGUACGACGAGGAGACAGACAGCUGCGUGCAGUGCAAGGCCCUGAACAUCACAGAGGACCUGGGGCAGAUUGAGUACAUCUUCUCAGACAAGACUGGCACCCUCACUGAGAACAAGAUGGUGUUUCGCAGAUGCUCCAUCAUGGGCACCGAGUACGCACACAAAGAGAACGCUGUCCGCCUCGCUGUGCUCGAAGAACCAGAAGAGUCAGAAGAGGACGUCAUCUUCAACCAGCAGCCACGACCCCCAAAGACAGGGUGGUCGCUGGAUGCUGAGGACACCAACCCAGAGGAGACACAACAUCACCAUGGCAGCCGAUGCAAGAGCAAGGUCGCAGGAAAUGCCCAGAGCGAUGUGGCCUUCAGCAGUCCGCUGGAAACUGAGGUGAUUCCAGACAGGAAGCUGCUUCAGCAGAUUAGCAGGGCAGAGAGCAGCAGCGGCAGCCGGGAGAUGGAUCCUUACCUGGAGUUUUUUCUGGCUCUCACCAUUUGCAACACGGUGGUGGUUUCCAUGGCAACAGCUCAGAGACGGAGGAUGAGUGUGUUUUCACGCUCCCAUCAGGCAAGUAACCCACCGGACACCAUGUCUGGCUCUCUUCGCCGUUUUUUCACCUCCUGGCAGCGCAAGCCCAAAAGAAUCCGUACCUUCUCAGAGGACUCGGUCAUAGAGGAGGACCGUUUUAACCCUCCUGUAAAAACUGAGGGGUCUGGCGCCAUCAGUGGGCUCCAAACAUGCUCGCUGCAUGCUCCAUCCCAGGAUGGCAAGCCUGCAACAACCUCAGAUAACCUGAGCUACGAGGCUGAGAGUCCAGAUGAGGCAGCCCUGGUGUACGCGGCCAAGGCAUAUGGCUUCACUCUGAUGGGCCGAACACCUAACAGUGUAACGGUCAGUCUCCCGUCUGGGAGGGAACUGGUGUUUGAAGUGCUGGACACCUUGACCUUUGACUCUGUCAGGAAGAGGAUGUCUAUUUUGGUGAGACACCCAAUAACCAAAGAGUACGUGCUGUACAGUAAGGGUGCAGACUACGCCAUCAUGGAGUUACUUGGCACACCGUACGCAGAACAUCUCCGUGGGAAGCAGAAGAGUAUAGCAGCAGACACUCAGCAUCACCUCGACUGCUACGCCAGAGAAGGGCUGCGUACACUUUGCUUUACAAAGAAGGUUGUGAGUGAGAAGGAAUAUGAAAGCUGGUCAGUGAACAGACGGAGAGCUCUGGCUGCUAUGGAAAACAGAGAGGAGCUCACUAUGGACACUGCUGUGCAGCUGGAGACAAACCUGUCCCUGCUAGGGGCGACGGGCAUUGAGGACCGUCUGCAGGAGGGCGUCCCAGACACCAUUGUGGCGCUGCGGGAGGCAGGGAUCCAGGUGUGGGUGCUGACCGGUGACAAGCCGGAGACAGCUGUCAACAUUGGAUAUGCCUGCAGGCUACUGGAAGAGGAAGACCUGGUGAUUAACAUGAGCUGCAGAAACACGCUCGCAUGCACGUCCAUCCUGGGCUGCGCGCUGGAAGAGGUGAGGCGAUACAGCGACGACCCUCGUAACGUGGAUACGACCCCGGACAUCUCUCUGGUGAUCGACGGACGCACCCUGACCAUGGCCCUGUCGUCAGACCUGCAGGAGCGCUUCGUGGAGCUGGCGAAGCACUGCCGCACUGUCCUCUGCUGCAGAGUCACGCCUUUACAGAAGAGCAGGGUGGUGAAGGUGGUCAGGGAGAAGCUCAAGGUCAUGACUCUGGCUAUUGGCGAUGGUGCAAAUGAUGUCAACAUGAUCCAAGCAUCUGAUGUCGGCAUUGGGAUAUCGGGUCAGGAGGGCAUGCAGGCGGUCAUGGCGAGCGAUUUUGCCAUAUCUCGCUUCAAGCACCUGAAAAAGCUGCUCCUGGUUCACGGGCACUGGUGCUACACUCGACUGGCCAACAUGAUCAUUUACUUCUUCUAUAAGAAUGUGGCCUACGUCAACCUGCUGUUCUGGUAUCAGUUCUUCUGUGGCUUCUCCGGCACCGCCAUGAUCGACUACUGGCUGAUGAUUUUCUUCAACCUCUUCUUCACCUCCGCGCCGCCCAUCAUGUUCGGGAUCAUGGACAAAGACAUUUCUGCAGAGAUGCUGCUCGGUGUUCCUGAGCUCUACAGGAUGGGACAGGGUGCAGGGGAGUACAACUUUAAAACAUUCUGGAUUUCCAUGCUCGAUGCCUUCUACCAGAGUCUGGUCUGCUUCUUUAUUCCUUACAUAGCUUACCGGGAUUCAGACAUUGAUGUUUUUACCUUUGGAACUCCUUUGAACACAAUUUCUUUAUUUACCAUCCUGCUGCAUCUGUCAAUCGAGAUCAAAGCCUGGACAGUGGUGCACGUGGUGAUCAUCCUGGGCAGCGUGGCGAUCUUCUUCAUUGUGACUCUCGUCUACAGCGGCAUCUGCAUCACCUGUAACCCUCCGUCCAACCCGUACUGGAUCCUUCAGAGCCAGAUGGCCGACCCCAUGUUCUACCUUAUCUGCAUCAUCACCACUGUGGUGGCUCUGCUGCCCAGGUACAUCUUUCACGUGCUGAGGAACUCUAUCGCCCCCUCCCCGCUCGUGCAAGCCAGGCAUCUGGACAAGCUGGACCCCUCCGCGAGGAGCCAGUGGAUCAAGGAGUGGAGGAGCUUCAGGGGCGGAGGGCAGGGCAGACGCUCCGGGCUGUCCACCCCGCCCUCACCCACCCUGGAGACGCCUGUGGUCAUCCUCCCCCAGUCUCCCACUGCCUCUGACAUCACGGGGGAUGAAUUCACGCUGAAUGUGAUCACUGAGAACUAUCAGAGGCCUCUACACACAUGAGAAAACAGAGACUCAUUUGCAACUUGAAGGAUUAUUUAUUCUGAAAAUGUAUUCUGAACCGCCUCAUGACAGGAUACAUCCCAGUAUAGAGUCAUGUUUCAUUUUUCAGAGGGAGGGAGGGGGUCUUACAUAAAUGCAAUCAGGGCGACUUCCUCCCUGACUUGUGACAAAUCAUCGAUUGGGAUGAUGAGUUCAUUCUGUAAUAAACUGCGUGACAAAAAGCAUGUAGGGCCUCUCCUCCUUACUCUCCUCAUAACAAGCCGCCAUAGUGAACACAUAAGCCUGUUACUUUCCUGAUGGGUUUUCAGAGCACAGUGGUAACCCAAUUAGUCAUGCCACCCACCCCUCCAAAACGUGGCACUUUUCCAGAACAAAAUGCUUAGCUAGUUUAAUAUAUUCCUCUCACCUAGAUACCCUAAACAGUCACAAUGCAUCCUGUCACCGAGGCGAACACACGUGUGUGGUUUACAGAUUUUCCUUUAAACGAAAUUGUAUGGGCUGGGCCUGUGUC